AUGGCGGCCAUAACCCGCCUCGUAAAGCGCACCCCCUACCUCCCUUGCGCGGCGCGAUUCCUGUCUCACGCGCCGCCGCAGAAGGAGAGGAAUGUCCAGUGGGUGUUCCUGGGGUGUCCCGGCGUUGGAAAAGGCACCUACGCCAGCCGGCUUUGCAACCUCCUUGGUGUCCCUCAUAUCGCCACCGGUGAUCUCGUCCGUAGCGAGCUUGCCUCCAACGGCCCUCUUUCUUCCCAGCUAUCAGAAAUUGUUAAUCAAGGUAAAUUGGUGUCCGAUGAAAUCAUCAUGAGUUUAUUGUCGAAGAGGCUGGCUGAUGGGGAAGCAAAAGGUGAAUCGGGAUUUAUUCUUGAUGGGUUUCCACGAACAAUAAAGCAAGCAGAAAUAUUGGAAGGAGUAACUGACAUUGACUUGGUAGUCAAUCUGAAGAUCCAAGAAGAAGCACUGCUUGCAAAAUGCCUUGGUAGAAGAAUUUGCAAUCAAUGUGGAGGAAAUUUUAAUGUUGCUUCCAUCAGCCUCAAGGGUGAGAAUGGGCGCCCAGGAAUGGUCAUGGCUCCACUUCUUCCUCCUGCACAUUGUAUGUCAAAGCUCGUUACACGUUCAGAUGAUACUGAAGAAGUGGUCAAAGAAAGGCUUCGAAUAUACAGUGAAAAGAGUCAGCCUGUGGAGGAAUUUUACCGUAGCAGAGGAAAACUGUUGGAGUUUGAUUUGCCAGGAGGGAUCCCAGAAUCUUGGCCUAAGUUGCUACAAGCUCUUAAUCUUUACGAUUAUGAGGAGAAGCAAUCCGUUGCUGCAUAAGAUAUAAAAUCAUACCACACAAAUGAGUAUUUCAUUCUUUGCAUGCAUUUAUGUAUUGCAUGCUUUAAAAUUUUGCAGAUAUAGAACCAAAGAGGGUGGACUUCUCUAUUGGUAUUAUUUGGAUAAAUAAUGAUACACGAGGUGUUCAAAUCUGAUAUAACCUCUUCCCGGUUGGGAAUUCACUAUUUUAAUUCAGUUAAUAAUGACAAUGGUUUUUAUGCUUUUUAAUGGUGUCAGCAACAGUUAAUUCCUAUAGAAUUGCUGACUGGUUAGGAUUUAGCAAUAAGCUUCAGUAAGAUUGACUCAUAAUUACUGUGUUGUAACUGAAAUAUGAAAUACGAAUGAACUAAUGCUGUUGUACUAAUUUCUUCUUUGCC